AUGGCAUUAAAAAAGUUCAGUUUUUUUGCCAAAUUUAGAUCUAAAUGUACUUACUCAUUAAACGAUCAGAGUCGAAAUUUGGAAAACAAAGAUAUUUGGAAUACUGCAAUUGAAGGUAUGGUGGACCGUCUCACUGGCAAGGCCACCAACUAUUAUUUGAUUGAAAAUGAUUCGAUUGAAAGUUAUACAUGUAGUUCUAGGAUUGAAGUUCGUGAUGAAAAUGCUGCGAUAUUGGAAUAUCAAUCGUAUGAUGAUGCGACUCAUGAUCAUUAG